CUGCCAACCAACAAGGUAUGGGCGAGUAUUCGGAAAUUUAAAAAUAGUAAGAAAGAAAUUCAAACAAAUGCAGAUACCCGGUUAGACUUAGAUCAUACCUAUUCCACAAGCAUCGCCAAUGGAAAUUUCUUCCUUCACUGGAAGAGGAGCUCCAAUUCGAUGGACUCCACAAACAAGAAGCAGAAAUAAUGUUAGAAUAAGUAUGUGUUCCGUGAUGGAUUCGGAAAUGGCGGUUUUGGAUGGUGUGAAGGCGAAGCAGAGGGAUUACUAUCUGAAUACGGGUUACGCUAUCCGGACCCUCCGUCACGACAUUCCGGACCUCUUCACCUCAGACCUCAGCUUUCAUAUCUAUCGGGACGACAUCAUCUUCAGAGACCCGAUGAACGCUCUUGCUGGCAUCGACAACUACAAAUCAAUGUUGUGGGGUUUGAGGUUUCACGGGAGGAUAUUUUUCCGGGCUCGGUGGGUCGACAUUGUGAGUGUGUGGCAGCCCGUGGAGAAGAAUACGAUCAUGGUGCGUUGGAUCAUUCAUGGCAUCCCUCGAGGUCCGUGGAAGAGCCUUAGCAGAUUCGACGGCACCUCAGAGUACAAGCUUGACAAAUAUGGCAAGAUCUAUGAGCACAAAGUUGACAGCGUCGCUGUAAAUGGACCCCAAAAACACCAACUACUAACAGUGGAGCAACUCAUUCAAUUAAUAGGUUGCCCCUCCACCCCUAAACCAACCUACUUCCAAUCUUCCUCGUCAACACAUAUUUAG